AUGUCAAAGAUUGAAGAGAUCGACACACGUGUUAAAGCAUACCUAUACGAUAUUGGCUAUCACAGAUGGUCUCAGGUACAUGUUACAGUGAACAGAACGUGGACGAUGACAUCAAACAUUGCAGAGUCAUUGAAUGCGGUAACAAAAGAUGCAAGAGAGCUGCCCAUAGUAGAACUAUUAGAGUAUAUGAGGACUCUUCUUGAAUGUUGGACUAAUGAAAAGUUAUUGAAAGCAAAUGGUGAGGGCUUCAAAGAUCACAUCCAUACAGUGAUAGAUUGUGUGAAGCGCUUUAUUGUUUGUCUUCAAAAUAAGAGAUGUAGUUGUAGGCAAUUCCAGCUUGAUGAACUUCCUUGUGCACAUACUUUGGCGGCUUUGAGGCACAAGAAUGAGUCUUAUGAAAACUAUUGUUCUCCUUAUUACAUGAGGAAGAGCCUUUUGCAUACUUAUAAAAUACCAGUAGACCCAUUGCCUGACGAAAGCAAAUGGAAUGUGCCACAACAUAUAACUGAAAAAGUUGUAAUGCCACCUACUGGGAAAAGACAGCCAACAAGACCUCAAAAAUAA